AAUCGGCAACGCUGUGUUUAUUGCAAUGGUGGCUUUUCACCAAAAAACUGUCUGAGGAAACUGACUGAAACAUUCGUAGAAAACCAUCAGUUUAUAACGUGUUGUUAGUUUCUUGACAAUUAUUGGUAAUUGAAUUGAAUUCAGACGAUCAAACGUCAAAACAUUUGUUGAUCUUUCCAACAUGCCCAUGCCGGCCUUGCCGCUAAACCAUCAGAAUGCUGUUGAACCAAUGCAAGUGGACGUAUCUGAAGAAAAUGAAAAUGCUGAAGAAGAAGCCUAUAUUGUUGAGAAUCCCACUUUGGACAUCGAAACUUUCACAAGCAGCUAUCAUGGAAUGGCAAAGCUAUCACGUCUAAUGUUUAUUGCUGAUCAUUGCCCAUCUUUGAGAAUUGAAACACUCAAAAUGGCCAUUGUAGCAGUUCAAGAGACAUAUAAUGUCACACUUUAUCAACUUUUACACAGGAAAUUACAAGAGGCAAUAACUGGGCUGACACCUGCUCAGGUUCAAGCUUUGGAACUUCCAAGCUAUGACUUGGCUUGGGCUGAAAGCAAGAUGAAGAAAGCUGCUCUAAAAUUGGAGAAACUUGAUACUGAUCUGAAAAACUAUAAAGCAAAUUCCAUCAAAGAGAGCAUUCGUCGCGGUCAUGAUGACUUGGGAGACCACUACCUAGAUUAUGGUGAUAUGUCUAAUGCAUUGAAAUGCUACUCAAGAGCCAGAGAUUACUGCACAAGCAGCAAGCAUGUAAUACACAUGUGUCUCAAUGUCAUUAAGGUUAGUGUUUAUCUUCAAAACUGGUCACAUGUUCUUAGUUACGUCAAUAAAGCAGAGUCAACGCCAGAUUUCGCCGAGUCUUCAAACAGUAAAGAUGGUGGCCAAGCAUUAGUGACUCAUUUGCAAUGUGCAGCUGGACUUGCUGAACUUGCGACUAAGAAAUACAAGUGCGCAGCCCGGCAUUUCCUGCAGGCCAACGUUGAUCACUGUGACCUUCCCGAAUUGCUUUCGCCGUCUAACGUUGCCGUGUUUGGAGGUUUAUGUGCUCUCGCUACUUACGACAGGGCUGAACUUCAAAAACACGUGAUUUCUAGCAGUUCUUUCAAACUUUUUCUGGAACUGGAACCGCAGUUGAGAGACAUAAUCCACAAGUUCUAUGAAUCUAAAUACGCCUCCUGCCUAAAGCUUCUAGAAGAAAUGAAGGAUAACUUGUUAUUGGACAUGUAUCUCGCCCCCCAUGUGCCUGCGCUAUAUACGAAAAUCCGAAACCGAGCUUUGAUUCAGUAUUUCAGUCCUUACAUGUCAGCGGAUAUGAGACGAAUGGCAGAAGCGUUCAAUACCAGUGUUUCAGCAUUAGAAGACGAGCUGAUGCAAUUGAUUCUCGACGGACAAAUCCAGGCGCGAAUUGAUUCUCACAAUAAAAUCUUGUUCGCUAAAGACGCCGACCAACGCAGUUGCACUUUUGAAAAGUCGCUCAAUUUGGGCGAGGAAUUCAAGAGAAGAACUCGAUUGCUCGUUAUCCGUGCCGCAGUCUUGCGCAAUCAGAUACAUGUCAAAAGUUCUCCCAGAGAUAGUGGAGGCCAAACGACGGAAGUUGCUAUUCCAUCAUCCAGUGGCUCGUCGCCUCGCAACUGAACUUUAUAUCCCCGGCAACAAAAAAGUAAAAUCUGCUUCACCGAACACUUGAAUCCUUGUCAACUUGGUGUUCAAUUUUUUCUAUUUUGUAUCGUGUACAAUUGCUGGAUUUACCCUCCACUAUACUCGUUUUUUUUUUUUUCUUCUUUCUCUCUUCUGGUCGUGAGGGACGAAAGUUUGUUUCGGUCUCUUGGUUUGAUAACAAGCUGUGUUGCGUGAUUUAUCCUCUCACCUUUUUUUUUAUUUUAUUUUUUUUUUCCUCUGGUCGAGAGAUGUGAGGGUAUAUCUUAAUUUAUGGCAUCGUAAUUAGUGUUGUCUUUUGAGAUGAUAUCCAUAACCAGCAAAGAGACACAAUACAGAUUGUUUAUAAAA